CUCUUUAAAAUGUCAAAGGCUUCAUACGACAUUGCCCUAUGGUUGUUCAAUCUCAUGAUCGACAUCUUCUUUCGUGAGGUCCGACCAAGAGGAUCUCACAAGAUUCCUCAACAAGGACCUGUCAUAUUUGUAGUUGCUCCUCAUGCUAAUCAAUUUGUCGAUCCUAUCAUUCUUAUGCGAGAAUGUAAAAGACGCGUCUCAUUUCUCAUAGCCGAGAAAUCUAUGCAUCAAAAAGGAGUUGGUACUUUUGCUCGAAUGGUCAAUGCCAUUCCCGUUAUUCGUCCCCAAGAUUCAGCUAUUCCCGGAAAAGGUGUUAUCCACCUCGAUCGUGAAUAUUCUCUGUUAAUUAAUGGAACAGACACCGAAUUUCUAUCGCAGCUGAAACCAAGAGAUUCAAUUGUCUUGCCUGGUGGAGCGGGAGUAGCUGAAGUGGCCAGGAUAGUCUCUGAUACCCAACUUGAGCUGUGCAAAGAAUUCAAAGCACUCAAAGCAAUCGAUUUACUGACAAACUCGGCCAAUGGAACAAAAUAUAAGUGUAUGCCUCAUAUUGAACAAGGAUCUGUCUAUGAGCAAGUCUAUGAACAGCUAUAUCGUAAUGAAUGCAUCACUGUGUUCCCCGAAGGAGGAAGUCAUGAUCGGGCCGAGAUUCUCCCUCUCAAAGCGGGUGUAACAUUGAUGGCUUUGGGCGCUAUGGCGAAAUAUCCUGGGCUUGAUGUCAAGAUUGUACCCUGUGGACUUAAUUAUUUCCAUGCCCACCGAUUUCGUUCUAGAGCUGUAAUUGAGUUUGGUACUCCAUUGACUAUAUCAACUGAAAUGGUCGAUAUGUACAAAUGUGGUGGAAAUGACAAGAGAGAUGCAUGUGGAAAACUUUUAGAUACAAUAUAUGGUGCUCUCAAGAGUGUCACGGUCAAUGCGGGAAGUUAUGAAACACUUAUGUUGAUUCAAGCAGGCAGGCGUCUAUACAAGCCUGCACACCGCAAACUACGCAUCUCUCAGGUUGUGGAUCUCAAUCGCCGCUUCUUGAUAGGCUAUAAUUUAUUCAAAGAUGACCCCAAGGUUAUCGACCUCCAACAAAAAGUAUUGGCCUACAAUCAGUUACUCAAAUACCAUGGGAUCAAAGACCACCAGGUCUCCAAAACAAGUGUACGUGGUAGACGACGCACAGCCGGUCUAAUUCUGAAGCGUAUAUGCAUAAUCACCUUAUUGGCCUUGUGGGCAUUUCCAGGUGGACUUUUGAACCUCCCGGUAGCUAUAUUGGCUAAAGUGAUCAGUCAGCGAAAAGCAGCAGAUGCCUUGAAAGGCUCGACAGUCAAAAUCGCAGGAAGAGAUGUAUUGGCAACAUGGAAGCUUUUGGUUGGUCUGGUGGUACUACCGACGCUCUAUGCAUUUUACAGUUUCAUAAUGCUAGUUGUCGUGCUCCAGACCAAUCUAGAUCCUGUCUGGAAAUGGCUUCUUCCUAUCGCCACAUGGAUUCUUCUUCCAUUUGUAUCCUACGCCAGUCUACGCUUUGGUGAAAUUGGUCAUGAUAUGGUCAAGUCACUCAAACCAAGUAUCAUGGCGCUGUUGGAUUCUGAUGCAGCCAAAACCCUAUGCAUCAACCGAGAGACCCUUUCACGUGACAUCACAGAUCUUAUUAAUGAAUAUGGUCCCAGAGUAUUCCCUGAUUUUGAUGGUGUGUGGUAUAUUGAUAUUAUUUUGGAAGAAAAUCAAUAA